UUAAACCCUUUCCUGUCUGCCUCCCCCUAUAGGAAGCGAGCGUCUCCCCUCCCCAAAGACGACCACUCAGGAGGGGUGAAGGACACAUUGCUGGGCAACUCCUCUGACCCUGUGGAGAUGAGACGACUCAACUACCAGACACCAGGAAUGAGGGAGCACCCUUCCAUUACUGUGUGUGACCUGGCGGACCACAUAGAGAGACUCAAGGCCAAUGACGGCCUGCGCUUCUCACAGGAGUACGAGUCCAUAGAUCCUGCCCAGCAGUUUACCUGGGAGAAUUCCAACAUGGAGGUCAACAAACCAAAGAACCGCUAUGCUAACGUCAUAGCUUAUGACCACUCCAGAGUUGUCCUGACAUCUGUCGACGCUGUUCCUGGUAACGACUACGUCAACGCCAACUAUAUAGACGGCUACAGGAAGCAGAACGCCUACAUCGCUACUCAGGGCCCGCUUCCUGAAACCCUCAGUGACUUCUGGAGGAUGGUGUGGGAGCAGAGAGCUCACACUAUAGUCAUGAUGACACGAUUGGAGGAGAAGUCCAGAGUGAAGUGUGACCAGUACUGGCCAGUCAGAGGGACAGAGACGUACGGGAUGAUACAGGUGACCAUGCUGGAUACAGUAGAGCUGGCUACAUACAGCGUACGUACCUUCGCCCUGUACAAAAAUGGUUCCAGUGAGAAGCGUGAGAUUCGCCAGUUCCAGUUCAUGGUGUGGCCGGACCACGGGGUACCAGCGUACCCCACCCCCAUCCUGGCCUUCCUACGACGGGUCAAAGCCUGCAACCCUCCAGAUGCUGGGCCCAUGGUGGUACAUUGCAGUGCGGGCGUGGGUAGAACAGGCUGCCUGAUCGUGAUUGAGGCCAUGCUGGAGCGUAUGAAGCAUGAGAAGUCAGUGGAUAUCUACGGCCAUGUGACGUGUAUGAGAGCCCAGAGAAACUACAUGGUGCAGACGGAGGACCAGUACGUCUUUAUCCACGAGGCCCUGCUAGAGGCUGCCACCUGUGGCCUCACUGAGGUCCCCGCACGCAACCUGUACGCACACAUCCAGAAACUCACCCAGCCACCCAAAGGGGAGACCGUCACUGCCAUGGAGCUGGAGUUUAAGAGACUGGCUAACUCCAAAGCCCACACCUCCAGGUUCAUCAGUGCCAACCUGCCCUGCAAUAAGUUCAAGAACCGGCUGGUGAACAUCAUGCCCUUCGAGUCGACACGCGUGUGCCUGCAGCCUAUCAGAGGAGUGGAGGGGUCUGACUACAUCAACGCCAGCUGCAUUGACGGAUACAGACAACAGAAGGCGUACCUGGCCACUCAGGGCCCUCUGGCUGAGACCACUGAAGACUUCUGGAGGAUGCUUUGGGAACAUAACUCUACCAUAGUGGUCAUGCUCACCAAAAUCAGGGAGAUGGGACGGGAGAAAUGUCAUCAGUACUGGCCUGCGGAGCGCUCAGCCAGAUACCAGUACUUUGUAGUGGACCCCAUGGCUGAGUACAACAUGCCCCAAUACAUCCUACGAGAGUUCAAAGUCACUGACGCAAGGGAUGGUCAAUCCAGGACGAUCCGCCAAUUCCAGUUCACUGAUUGGCCAGAGCAAGGAGUGCCAAAGACCGGGGAAAGGUUCAUUGAUUUCAUUGGCCAAGUGCAUAAAACCAAGGAGCAGUUUGGACAGGAUGGACCAAUCACUGUUCACUGCAGUGCCGGGGUGGGCAGGACCGGGGUCUUCAUCACUCUGAGUAUCGUGCUGGAGAGGAUGAGGUACGAAUGGGUGGUGGAUCUCUUCCAGACCGUCAAGACGCUACGCACCCAGAGACCUGCCAUGGUGCAGACAGAG